UGCUGUCUGUCGGACUCGCGACUCGCGGCACGGCUCGCGCUCGCGCCCCGCGUCCGCCUCGGCAGUGCUUCUGCCCUGCCUCCAACAUUCCCGUGCCGUUGCCGUGCCGUUGCCGUGCAGCCCAAUGCCUGCGCUACGCUAGCUACGCGCUACGCCCGUUGUCGCGUCCUGCGCGGUGCUAUGCAAACGCCGUCCAGUGCCAAAGACUGUGCUGCCCCCGCGGUUAGCCUGGCGGGUCGGGCUUUAUAUCCUGGCCACAGUGCCCCACUGUGUGUGUGCGUGUGUUAGUGUCGAGCUCUGCUGCGAGCGAAGCAGGGCGAGUGAGCUGCACGGACGUGCAGGAUGCCCGAGUGAAGUGCAGUGUCCCUGAUCUGGACGCCAUCAGCUGAUCGUCGCGGGACAGGCCGCCCAGCCAUGGAGGCGAAGGCGGCCGCGGCCAUCACGGCCAGCAAGCAGCGCGUCAAGGACGAGCCGCCCCCGGGGCUGGGGGCGGUCCGCGGUCCUGGCUGCGGCGGAGGCGGCGGUGGGGGCGGCGGCGGCGCGACGGGCCGCACGCCCGAAGAAGAGGAGGAGGAAGGCGACGAGUUUGAUGAGAAUGACCUGUUCUCCGCCGUCAACUACAACACCAUCACCUCGCUGGCCGCCCUCAAGGAGAUCCUGGGCACGAGCGGCCAGGACGGCUCGGACACGGUGUGGUUCCAGCACUACUUCCUGAACCACGUCAACAGGCUGCCGUCCCGGUCGCAGUACCCGGAGUGGCGCCGCCUGUCGGAGUGCCCCGAGGAGGACGAGGACGCCCCGGAGACCAGCACUACAUCUACCAACACACAGCCCACGGUGACGGCGCCGACGCCGCAGCCGCCGCGCACCCUGCUGCCGGAGUCGUCUUCGGCGUCGUCAACGGCGCCCUCGUCGUCGGCAUCCUCACGGCCUCCGCCCACGCUGGCGCACUUGUUCGAGCCGCUGUCGCCGCGGGGCGUGGGGCCGAGGACGUCGCCGUCGCCGCUGCAGUCACCGCACCUGGACAAGCGCUUCUUCGACCAGUCCCUCAUCGAGAUGAAGUCGCAGGCGUCGUCCUCGUCCACGCUGGACUACGACUCGACGGACGAGCUGUGGGUGCGGCGCACCGACCUCGCCAAGAAGAAGGAGCUGGGGUCGCAGCCGCUGCCGACGAUGCCGCUGGACGACCGGGACGAGUCCGGCCACAGGCCGCGCGCAGGGACCUGGGGCACGGCCGCAGGCCGCAUGGUGCCGCCAGGGUCGGCCCCUCCGUCGGCGCCGGGCUCCAACCCCUCCUCGGCGCCGGGCUCCAACCCACCCUCCAACCCGCCGUCAGGGCCGCCGUCGGCCAAGGGCUCCAAGACGUCCAUCGCGUCGUCCAAGACCUCCAAGCAGCGGCGGUCCGCGUCGCAGGAGCGGCGGCGGUCCGGGGACGACGUGCUCAUGGCGCAGCAGGCCGUGUUCGCGGCCGCGGCCAAGGCGGCCGUCGCCUCCUCCACCAAAACGUGGACGGCCGCCAUGACGCAGUCGCCCACCAAGAGGCCCACCAUCUUCGAGGCCUUCCGGCCGCGGUCCAAGUCGGACGCCAAGGAGGCCAAGCCCAAGGACCCCAAGGAGCACAAGUCCAAGAACGUCAUCUCGCAGAUCAAGAGUGCCAUGCAGCACUCCCUGAUGUCGUCGCCGUCGUCGAGCCGCGGGGGCUCCUCCACGUCGACGAGCGGCUACUCCUCCAACGAGAACACGCUGACGGGCGCGGGUGCCGACGGCGCGGACGGCGCGGCGCCCAGCAGCAGCGGCAAGUCCAGCAGGCCGAGGGCGGGGUCGGACUCGUCGUCCGGCAAGAACGCCGUCACCAAGGUCAUGGACAUGUUCCGCUACCGCUCCAACUCGGCCAUCUCAUCCGAGGACAAGAUAAAGAGAGCGGUAGCGCAGCACAGAGCAGUCGCGGCACAGAGACGGGGAAGGUUCCUUGUGGGGGAGUGCAAGCUGGACACGAACGUCAAGCCCUCGACGCUCAAGACCAGCAAAGGCGCGCUGCUGCGGCGAGCGUCGGCCGACCCGGACCGACGUCGCAUGUCCCUCGGGGGCGCCAUCGGAGCUCACGGACCUCACCGAGCCUCGGACGCCUUCCUGGACCCCCACCAUGCCGCCAUCUUGUUCAGAGACUCGAGAGGGCUGCCCGUGGCAGACCCCUUCCUGGAGAAAGUCAGCAUGUCAGAUCUGGAAGAGGAUGAAAGUCAGAUUCUUGUGAAAUUUUUCAAAUUUCACAAAUGCUAUGAUCUUAUUCCUACUAGUGCCAAGCUUGUUGUGUUUGAUACACAGCUUCUGGUCAAAAAAGCCUUCUUUGCCCUUGUUUACAAUGGUGUUAGAGCAGCCCCAUUAUGGGACAGUGCCCAGCAGAAAUUUGUAGGAAUGCUCACCAUCACAGACUUCAUCAAAAUCUUACAAAUGUACUACACCUCUCCUUCUGUUACCAUGGACGAGUUAGAGGAGCACAAAUUAGACACUUGGCGAGAUGUUCUGAAGGACCAAGAAAUGCCCUUAGUAAGCAUUGGACCAGAUGCAUCUUUGUACACUGCUAUAAGUACAUUGAUUAAGAACAGAAUACACAGGCUUCCUGUCAUUGACCCAGAAACAGGGAAUGUGCUCUAUAUUUUGACUCACAAACGUAUUCUUCGUUUCCUGUUCCUUUAUAUUCAUGACCUGCCAAGACCCAGUUACAUGAAUAAGACUCUUAGAGAUUUAAAAAUUGGAACAUACGAUGGUAUUGAAACAGCCAGUGAGGAAACCUCAAUCAUCACAGCUUUAAAGAAGUUUGUGGAAAGGAGAGUUUCUGCUCUCCCCAUGAUUGACACUGAGGGUCGCCUAGUGGAUAUUUUUGCUAAAUUUGAUGUCAUUAAUCUUGCCGCUGAGAAAACUUACAAUAAUUUAGAUGUUUCUCUAAAGAAAGCUAAUGAGCAUAGAAAUGAAUGGUUUGAAGGUGUCCAAAAAUGCAAAUUAGAUGAAACUCUCUUCACAAUAUUAGAAAGGAUAGUCCGUGCUGAGGUGCAUCGUUUGGUUGUUGUGGAUGAAGAGGAACGUGUUAUUGGAAUUAUUUCACUGUCUGAUUUACUCUUGUACCUUGUCCUACGGCCAUGUGGUGAAGAUGGCAACUCUGAUAACUGUUCGUCUGUGAGAAACCAGGAUGUCCAAUCAGAGGUAAAUGUUGAAGAAACUGAGUCGUCAGAAGUUAGUGAAAAAGCAAAGGAAGAAACUAAGUCAUCAUUAGAAACUUCAGAAGUUAAUGCACCGGACUCUCCAGCAAGACAGGAUUCUGUGCCUGAAGUGACAGAAGAAAUAGCUGAAACACCUGAGACUUCAGAGACAGUAGAUAAUGACCCAUCCCCAACCAGUGUUGAUGUGGGCAGCAGUGGGUGGAGGGAAGUGACGGUUUCUGGUGGCGAAUGAAAAUAUAUCUAUUUAUAUUUGGCAUCAAAAAAGGACUAAUAAUGAAUGUGAGUGAAAGACCCCUUAUAGUGAAAUUUAAUUACAUAUAUAUGUGAGUGAGUGAAAGUGAUAAAAAUGUUGUGUGAGUGUGUGGUAGUGUGCAGCGUGCAUGAUGCGUAGUGAGCAAACUGCGGGUUUCAUUUGAUAUUUAUAUUUGCUCAUGGCCCAUUUGUAUUGUUUGUCUUCUUAUGAGACCUUUGCGUUUGUAGUCAUUAUUACUGUUAUAUUAGUCAUUUAUGGAAGCAGUCUUUUGCAAAUGCUGAUAAAAGUGGUGGCCUGAAUGCCUAUUUUUGUUAGAGAUUUUUUAGGGGAGGGGGGUACAAAUAGUUCAUGAAUGAAGAUGAGAGAGAAGCUUCGACUGCCUUUCAGUUAUAUAUUAUGAAAUUUUCUAGAAAAUGCCAUUGAUUUUUUUUGUUUGAAAAAAGAAAAAAAUCUAGUUAGAAGACAGUGAUGUCAGCAUCAUUGCUUCCCUCUUGUAAAAUAGAGAGGUUAAACUUAUUUGCUCCUUUUGUGUGGCCUAUUGUAAUUUGGUUUAGUUCCUCUAGAAAGGCAAUUUUAUAUGAAGUAUGUAUGAUAACAUCUGCAAGUCUGGUACAAUAGAAUGCUAGUACGUAUUGUGGUGCAGCUGCAUUGUGAUUUUAAUUUUUGGGCUCGGUGUUUGCUUAAAAUAUUUAAAGUACUUGUUGAUAGCUGACUAAAUUUGUCAGAUCAGAUAUUUGAAAAGCUAUGUAAAACCUAAGGUGUGCCAUAUGGCUUGCAUUCAGACUGUUUUCCUUUCCCUUUGAUAAGCGGCAAGGAAAAUAUUUUUGUGCUGUUUAACAUAAAUUUUGUUGAUUCAAAACAAUUUUUGAAUGUAUCUUUAAAGUAACAUUAGUUGAUUUAUAUAAUAAUUACACCAAAUAUAUUACGCAGAUGAAUUUGUGAUAAUGUGACAUGCAAGUGUGUUUGUACGUUAAAUAUGGUGUAGCCAGGGUUUGAAACUUGGACAAAUUUGUUUUUCUCAUGAAAUUAUCUCUUGUAAGGCUGUCUUUAAGUUAUAUAAAUACGUAAGUCACCCGUUGAUCCUAGA